UCCUCGACUCAUGAACGUUGCGGUGUGUGAAAAUUUUUGGGGUCUAUGCGAGAGAGUGUGAGCCUGUGCGUGUGCGUAUGCUUGUAUGUGUUUUUGUGUCUGCCAGAGUGUAAAAGUGUGCGUAAGCAUUUAGUGUUUGUGUGCGAGGGCGCCAAGUUAUUGUGUCUUUAACCACCGAAAAUAUCAACAACCACAACAUUACAGACAUUUUCAAAUUUGAACCACCUGUCCCAAAAUUCACACACAGCUUCCAAUAGAAAAAAAAAAUACAGGCAAAGCAAACGAAAAAAAACUGACUAAACCAAAUAGAAAUUUGUCAAAAAGAUUCCAUUCAACGCUCUUAAGUAGGCAACAGUUUUUUGGUAUUCUCUUACUCACUGGCUCAGUAUGGAAAUGGAUGUCAAUCGUCAUGAUGCUAGCAAUCUAAUGACCAUUUCAUUACGUUGCUCCAAUAAUAACAAUGGAACACCCACAACUUGCCCGCCAGCUUCCACAUUACCAACAACGACAACAACUACAACAACAACAUCUCCAUCAACAUCAACCCGGCCCCCCAGUGGCUGUUGCGGCAUCUUGAGUCGCCUCUUCUGUGUGAGUCGCCACAAGGCCACCCAAUCGGUGGCGGGCAGUGAACAGUGCAGUAAUCUUCAAGAGCCACUCACUUUAAUGCAACGUAAGGCGGCAACAGCAACAACAACAACAAACAGUAUAGUGAACCGUCUACCGGCAACACAGAAACGCAGUCGACGCACACCCCAGGAAAUCUAUUUCGAGAGUCGCGGCAAAUCCUGCAAAAAGCUAUUGAAAUUCAAUGGUAAUUCUAAUAAGAUAUUGCUGUACCCGGAGGAAGGAUGGGCGCGCACGGCCAGCUCUAGCUAUUGGACCAUAACACCCUGCUGGUGGCAACCGAAUCGUUGUCGCAUUGUCGAAUGCUCUGGCACGCAACGUCAGGCCACAAGGGCACGAAUGGUGCCGCUGGAGCAGCAGGGCUCGUUACUGAUUGCCGGACACUUUCGAAGGACAACAGCAUCUGCCUCGGCCUCUGCAUUUGCGGCCUCCUCGUCAGCCUCUGGCUGUGCAGCGUCGGCCUCUGCAUCUGGUGCGACAGUGUCGCAGCUAACGGAUAAGUCACAGCCCGCUUGCAAUGAUGAGUUCAAGCUGUAUCUGACAUCGAACAUCUCGAUGGAGGACUACAACAUGGGCUACUGUUUGACUGGAUUUGUGGAGCGUCGCUGCCAGCUGACAAACACCUUUCAGAUGACUCACUUUGCCGUCAUCAAACGGCAAUGGCCUCAGCCGUCCAAUCUGAGUAACUCAUAAAAUGGGCCCUUUGUGUGAUUUUUGAUUGUAUUUUAUUGGUUUUUUUUUGUUCUCUUUUUAUUAUGGUUUAAUUUAAUCGUUUAGUAUUUAAGUGUGAGCGAGAAAUCGAAACUUCAUGUGCAAUUUUUAGGCAAGCAACAAACAAAAGGUAAAUAAUUAAACAAAAUUUUGGUCAAGGUGAUAGUUAAAACUAAAAUGUAUAGCAUACUUUGCAGCGUUACAAUAGGAAUCAAAAUAAUUGAGCGCAUAAAUAAAAGAGAAGCUCUCGAUUUUUUUUACAA